GAUAAGCCUUUCAUCACUUUCUUAAAUCUUCCCAUUGGUUAUUGUUGAGGUAUCUGUUUGUACACAUAAAGGAUUAUUUAGAAAUCUUUUAUGACUUUGUUCAGAUUUUAACACCUUAAACUUAUUCCUUCAACUUACACGGGACGCGUUACGGGGAUGCCAUAUUGUGUACCGUGCAAUAACAGCUUUGUUUUUUGUCCAUCCGUCUAUCCGUCUGAAGUUAGCUGCAAUGAUUUUUUUAUAGAACCAAUCAUGGUGCAUGUUUUUAUAAAAUCACAAGUUAGCGAAAUAUUUGUGGCAUGGACAUAAAAACAAAGUAGCGUAAAACGCUUAGUGAUCACGACGUUUAUUUCGGAAUUUGUAGUGUGGCGGCUUGGAGAGGAUUACUUUAUAUCAUUUUAGAGAAAAAGUUAUUUUUUACGCUCUUACAUGUUAAUAAGGUGAAUACAUUAUCACGUUUUUAACAAUCUAUUUAUGCAUUCUCGAAGUUUUUUUUAAGAAAUAGAUAUCGGGAAUGUGAACGGUAGGUGAAAAUCUGAUUCGAAAGUAGUUACGGCAGCGCAACGACAAUUCGACAGUAUUUACGGCAACGCAACAACAGGGGAACCUAUUUUUAAAUGUUUCGUUGUGUUACGUUACGUUAUGCUUGAUUGCUCAACGAAACUUAACGGUUCGAUAGGUCCUUAACGGUACAUGAUUUAGACUUUAUAUGUUUUCUGCAUUAAGAACUUCGAACUCAGAACACGGUGAAAGUUAAUCAGGAACGUUAGACAGAUAUUCUUACGAUGAGUCUGAAUGUACGACUUAUACUUUUUGCGAUUUACUUAUUCUAUAGCAAUGCAGAUAUGGACUGCAUUGAUGGUACCGAGAACCGAUGCUGUCGAGAUGACCUAAAGGGAUAUUAUCAUUCAGUAAAUAACAAAAGACACUUCACAGAGUGUCCAAUCAAUACAAGAUGUAGCUGUUACUUCCGACAGAAAUGUACAAUGCCGAUAGAAGAAAUAUGUUCGGAAAGGAAAUCACCAUUUCCUGCGAACCUAAGUUUUUCCGUCGUUUUUAAUGGCACGGAAACUAAUCCAAGAGCUAAAGUUUCAGUUGUUCGAGAGGGAUAUGUUCACGAGGAUGGUAAACAAAAAAAAUCUUUCAAAAAUGAAACAAGAAUAUCGCUUCAAACGACAAGUUUUCAACAAUUGGUACUUCCUGACGGAAAAGGAUCUUUUGAUUUGUUUAGUAGCAGUGCAACUGGCUGUUCCAAGUUGGCAAGUCAGAUAUUCAGAGGAUUUCAUGAUGAACUACGCGCGCUAACACCCAUCAGUACGAACGAAACAGAGACUGGCCAUAUCAUCCAGGACUGGUACGCAUCAGAUGGAACGUUUGCACAUACUUGGAGGCUUAAGUAUAACAAAGCCACCGGUAAAAUCAUUCCAUUAUUUACCAUUUCAGAAGUACUCAGGAUGCGCUUCAAAUUGACAAGGAUUAUUCAUUCCUUCAUCGUAGAAGAGCAAAACGAGAAGUAUUUUAUUCUGCCAGAGGAGUGUGAGAAUGUGUAAUUAUCAGUAACACGUUAACGAGAGUCAGAAAGAACUAACCUAUAACUUCUUGAUUGUAAAAAAUAAAAUGAUUGACAAAUCUUUUUGAUUUUUUUGGCGCACUAUCAGAUUCUUAACCAAAGUAACAUUGAAAUGAGGCAAGGAAAAUAGUGUAAUCUGAAAAAGUUUGUAUCUUCGCAUUUUAAAAGAUUUUUUUUUCUUAAUGCACUAAAAAUAGUAAAAACGAAAAGAUAAUAAACUCAGUCAACUAUUAAAAUUGCAUUAAAUUCAGAAUCAAUAAACUUCGAAUGGAUACUUAAUACACCUAUGAUCACUAUGCUAAUAAUAUUAUUUCCGGUCCAUAAUUGUCCCUACGUUUUCUUUGGAUGAUAAACAACUCGAUCAAGAAAAAAUUAAUCCAAUUUUCUUGCCAACAAACAUUAAUGAUGAACAACAUUCUUUCCCGGUAUAAUUAGACAAAUUAAAAACAUUUGGCACUGAAAAAUUUUCUUAGUUUAAUACAAUAUUUUCAUUAAAUGUAAAACAAAACUAAAAAUAAGUUACACAAGAUACAGUUGCUAUGCUCUGUCGCGUGUGUUACUUUUGGUAUUAAACGGACUAAUGCCUUCCAAAUUAGUACUAAAUCACUAAUGACGGAAACAAUUUUACUGGUAUAGCAAUAUAAUGAAUUAAUCAACAUAAUUAACUAACAAACAUGCAAUAUCCUGGACCCAAAAUUGCUUUCUUUCUGUUAUUGUGCACAAACUUUAAGAAUACAAUUUCCUUUUGUUUCUGUGAUUAAAAAUUCUGCUGAGUUCAUUGUGGUUUUCCUCCCCCAGAAAGGAAAUAACAGUGGUUUUCAUUGGAUAAGGUUUAAGUAUUUUUAAAAUGCCUUUCAGAACCUCAAAUGACAUAGCUGUAUUAAGUUGUUACAGCUAGUCCAUUUUAUAGUUACAGCUAGUUUUUAUCAAUACAGAAUAUAUAAGAUCAUAUUACUGGCUCAGUUCUCCUCGAUCGCAUUUCUUUU